UCGAUCGGAACACGGCCAGUUUCACGGCUUCGGCCUUUUACCGCAUUCGCUCCCCGAAAGACGACGUGUACAGUUUUUCCCGAGAUCCGCCAGUAAGCGGUGUUUAUUUGCAUUUAUUGUUGGCAAACUACAAAACCUUGAAGCGGGAAACGAUGAAGAGCUUUGUGUACGCACUGUUGGCCCUGCUCGCCGUUAGCCAACUGGGAUUGGCAAACGAGGACAACACAGCCCGCCUGCUGGUAUCGAAGCACAUCCUCAACAAGUAUUUGGUGGAAGCGCGCGAUAUCGUCGUAAAGUACACGCUCUACAACGUUGGUUCCGGCCCGGCCGUCAACGUUCGCUUGGUCGACAACGGUUUCCACCCGGAGGUGUUUGAAGUGGUCGGCGGUCAGCUGGAGGCCACCAUCGAUCGUAUUGCACCGCAAACGAAUGUGACGCACAUUGUGGUGGUGCGGCCCAAAACGUACGGCUAUCUGAACUUCACCGCCGCCGAGGUAAACUAUCGGGCCACGGAAGAUGCGGCCGAGGACCAGUUCUCGUUCAGCUCGGAACCGGGCGAGGGUGCGAUCGUGGCCGAAGCGCAGUUCAACAAGCAGUUCAGCUCGCACUACCUCGAUUGGCUAGCGUUCGCCUUCCUGACCCUGCCCUCGCUCGCCAUCCCGUAUGCGAUGUGGUACAGCUCGAAGACCAAGUACGAACUGCUCGCCAGACCGUCGAAGAAGGCGAAUUAACGGAGGAUGAGUGACGGAAGGUUUGGUUUCGGAAGUGCGCACCGCGGAGUGACCGAUUUUUCCUGUUGCUCUUCUGUCGGUGGGCAGCAGCAUUCAGCAUCUUCGAAGACUAAUUAAAUGUGUAAGAGAGAGAGAGUCCCUCGAUCGCGGCACCGUAACAUUUCAUCGAUCCGUACGCUCCACAAGCAGCGCAAUCAAUCAUCACCACGAAGCAUCCAAAAUGUCCCACUUAUCCUUCUUGGGCCCCGAGACCUUAAGUACCGGGGGGAAACAGCAUCUUCUGAAGGCGCGGCGAGAGAUUUGUAAAGUUAUAGUAGGCCGAUAGACCCGUCAUUUGUUUUGUUAAUAUAACUGAACGAAACGUUUUCGUCCAAAACUCC